ACACUUGGAAACCACCUCAACUCAAGUGUUCCAUCUUUCUUUUGCUUUAAAGACCAGGUGCUAGAAAAAGUAGGUCAUUUUCCUUGAGCAAAAGAGACUCGAUAGAAUAUAUAGCUUUCUUUCUUUUUCUUUUUUCUUUUUCUUUUUCUCUCCCUCUCUUAAUCCAUGGAUACUACUGCUCAGUGGCCACAGUUUCAGGGGAUUGGAGUGGGUAAACCCAUGGAAAAUUCAAGGCAUAAUAGUAGUAGUGGCUUAGAAAGAAGAUCAGCAAGACCUCAAAAAGACCAUGCUUUGAACUGUCCAAGGUGCAAUUCAACAAAUACAAAGUUUUGUUACUACAACAACUAUAGUCUUUCUCAACCAAGAUACUUUUGCAAGACUUGUAGAAGGUACUGGACUGAAGGUGGAUCUUUAAGAAAUGUUCCUGUAGGUGGAGGUUCAAGAAAGAACAAGAGAUCAUCAGCAUCAUCAUCUUCAUCAAAGAAGCUUAUAAUUAAUCCUCCUGAUCUGACCCCACAAAUAGGCUUCCUUCAUCAUCAAAACCCUAAUAAUAACAUUAAGAUCCAUCAUGGCCAAGAUCUUAACUUGGCUUAUGCUCCUCCUUCAACUGAAAAUCAUGAGUAUGGUAACAUGUCAGAGUUUAUUGAUGUUACUAGAAGCAAAACCCACUUUCUAAACCCUAGCCCAGCAGCUAUGGAUCAGCUUCUCAAGACUGGUAUGUCUUCAAGAGGAUUAAUGUUGGGUCCUUUUAUGUCGAUGCAGCCACUAGUGUCUGAUUCGAAUACAGUGGUAUUCUCAUCUUCAUCAGCUGGGUUUUCUUUGCCGGAAUUGAAGCCAACCCUUAAUUUUUGUUUGGAAGGGUUUAAUAGUAGCAGUGAAUAUGGGAGUAAUGCUCAUCAAGGGACUGCUGGGGCAAGGCUCUUGUUUCCUGUGGAGGACCUAAAGCAAGUUCCAACCAAUACUAAUACUAUUGAAUUUGAUGAUCAUCAGCAGAAUAGAGGGCAAGAUACAACUGGGUUUUGGAAUGGAAUUCUAGGGGGUGGAGGAUCAUAUCUUAAUUAAUUAAAUUAAUGAGUAAGGAUGCAUGAUCAACAGAAACAAGAAGUUUUUGGUGUGUUUCUUUCUUAAAUCUAAACUAACUGGUGAUAAGGUACAUGGGUUAAUUCCUUUGUCUAUGGUUUUUUCUUUUUCUUUUUUUCUUUUUUCAGUUUGAUCUUUCCUCUUCUUAAAAUUGCUUUAAUUUUGGUCUGAUUUCUUUACUCUUUGAUCAGUAAUGUGGAUAUAUUUGAAUUUUGAAGCUUAUUUUGGGUUGGCUUCACAUGGGUGUGCUUCAGUUAAGUAAGGAAGAGAAAUUAAACAAGAUUAUGCCACCAAGUUCUUGAUGAGCUAUGUUUGCUAGAGCCUUGUGGAUAUCAGCAUACCACCUUAGAGAUAUCUGUUCAUCAUGGUAAUGCAAUUAGCAGUUUGGCGAAUUUGUUAAUUUUUAUUUGAGCAAACUGAGAUUUGUGGGGGUGAUCAGUGAUUCUGUACUGUCGAUAUAUAUAUAUAUAUAUAUAUAUAUAUAAUAUGAAUAAUUUAUUUUUUUCUA